AUGGCAGACGGAAAAGCUGAAGUAACCGAAAUCGGCGCUGUCGAUGUGUCGCCAGUCACCAAACCCAGUUUUAAAUCCCGCGUAGCUGCCCACUUCAAGCGAUUCUGGUGGGUUCAUGUCAUAGUUCUGAUCGUGGUGGUCUUGGUGGUCACUCUUCCGGUAGUGUAUGUCGGCUAUCCAAACAUCGCCCAACACGACAUCAAUGACUCCUCGUUGGAGGUUACGGAGCUGGUCAUCAGCGAUCCGACCCCGGAAUCAUUCCACUUUAAGCAGACUCAGGUGAUUCAUAGCGACAGCAUCUUCCAUCCCAAGAUCUAUGCCUUCGAUGCGGACGUUAGUUUGGCGGGUGAGAAACCAUUCGCCCGUGCCCACAUCCCCGAAGUCAAAGCCAAUGACGGGACGGUCGUCCAUGUCGAACAGAAUCUGGACCUAAGCGAUGUGGAUGCAUUUGGUGGCUUCGCGAAGGCGGUGAUGUUGAAUAAGGAGAUCCAAAUGAAUGUCUACGGCAGACCCAACUUGAAACAGGGUGGCCUGCCCAAGAUCACCAUCACGUACAACAAGACGGUUACUAUGAAUGGACUGAAUAAGUUGGAAGGAUUCAAGAUGCUGGAGAUGCGCAUGGGGAAGAAGGACUCCGAUGGAAACAAUGGACAGGGGAAAGUGUCGAUUCCAAAUCCGUCUGUGAUGUCCAUCACUAUGGGCAACGUGACUCUCAAUCUUUCAGUAGAAGGCACCCACAUCGGCGAGUCUUUCUUGAAUGAUUUGGUGCUUCGGCCCGGAAACAACACCGUUGAUAUGAAGGCCAAGAUCAAUACAGAAAGCAUGAUUCCAUUCUUGUCCAAGUUCAAGGACAACGUCGUCCCCGUCGACAUCACCGGAAACUCGAGUGUGUAUAAUGGAAAGGAACUGCCGUACUUCGCAUCGGCCUUGGCGGCCAACAAGCUGACCGUCGACAUGGACAUCCUGUCGGCGUUGGCGUGA